CAGAUUGUUCCUGCCUGAUUCAUAAACACAGUCGUUGGCUUUGGAUUGCUCUCAUUGAUCUGGCCUCGGUUUUGUGCCACUUUUACACCUUGUCUACACCUCACUUAGAAAGGUAUUUGCAACGGAAUCAGAGGAGUUAAUCUCAAAGCAGGGAAAAACUUGAAUUUUUCUCAUCCAGUUGCAAGUAGGACAGAGGAUAUAAAUGCUUAAAGAUCAUCUGUUAAAAUGCAUGAAAAAGCAGUAGACAAUCUCUACCCGUCGUCAGUUGUGAGCGUGUGUGUGCGCUCUUGAAGUGAAGCUCAGGUCAUAGCAGAAUGGGGGGAUGUUCUCUAACCUCAUUCACUGAAGGUAUUCGAGGUCUCUCCUUACAGGUUCCUGUCUUCAGAUAAACUGCUGGGAGGACUCCACGGUCACCUCGUAGCUGACGUUGCCUGUCACCCAGUAGACAGUCUGGUGAUCCAGGACAUGCCUCAGCUACAGUGAUGCAGAGGACCUUUCUGCUCCUGAAUCUCCUCUGUGCCUCAGACUUUCUCCCCCCAGCUUGAGCCACAUGUAAACUGGGAUGCGGGAAAGCAGGCAGCAAAGCUAGUGGGUAGAGCUGGGCCCACCAUGCUUCCCCUCCCCUGGUCUGGAGCUCAGCUGCAGUGACUCUGCUGAAGUGCCCAGCACCCUCUUUCCAUUUGUGUUUAAAUGGCAAAGCAUUUGGCCAGCACAUCUGAAAAGGAAGGUGUGAGAAGCAAAGCCCAUGGCCACGUUCCCCUGCCAAUUAUGUGGCAAGACGUUCCUCACCCUGGAGAAGUUCACUAUCCACAACUAUUCCCACUCCAGGGAGCGGCCGUACAAGUGCUUGCAGCCUGACUGUGGCAAAGCCUUUGUUUCCAGAUAUAAAUUGAUGAGGCACAUGGCUACCCAUUCACCUCAGAAAUCUCACCAGUGUGCCCACUGCGAGAAGACGUUCAACCGGAAAGACCACCUGAAAAACCACCUCCAGACCCACGACCCCAACAAAAUGGCCUUUGGGUGUGAGGAGUGUGGGAAGAAGUACAACACCAUGCUGGGCUACAAGAGGCACCUGGCGCUCCAUGCGGCCAGCAGUGGGGACCUCACCUGUGGGGUCUGUGCCCUGGAGCUGGGGAGCACUGAGGUGCUGCUGGACCACCUCAAAGCCCAUGCGGAAGAAAAGCCCCCCAGCGGAACCAAGGAGAAGAAGCACCAAUGUGACCACUGCGAAAGAUGCUUCUACACCCGGAAGGAUGUGCGGCGCCACCUGGUGGUCCACACAGGAUGCAAGGACUUCCUGUGCCAGUUCUGUGCCCAGAGAUUUGGGCGCAAGGACCACCUCACCCGGCAUACCAAGAAGACACACUCCCAGGAGCUGAUGAAAGAGAGUCUGCAGACCGGAGACCUUCUGAGCACCUUCCACACCAUCUCGCCUUCAUUUCAACUGAAGGCGGCCGCCUUGUCUCCCUUCCCGUUAGGGGCUUCUGCCCAGAAUGGGCUUGCAAGCAGCUUGCCAGCUGAGGUACACAGCCUCACCCUCAGCCCCCCAGAACCAGCUGCCCAGCCAGUACAACCGCUGCCAGAGGCCCUCGCCUCCCUCCACCCUUCAGUGUCCCCUAGCUCUCCCCCUCCAACCCUCCAGAAUCACAAGUACAACACCGGUUCUACCUCAUACUCCCCACUUGCAAGCCUGCCCCUCAAAGCAGAUACUAAAGGUUUUUGCAAUAUCAGUUUGUUCGAGGACUUGCCUCUGCAAGAGCCUCAGUCACCUCACAAGCUCAACCCAGGUUUUGAGCUGGCUAAGGGAAGUGCUGGUAAAGUAAACCUGCCCAAGGAGCUACCUGCAGAUGCUGUGAACCUAACAAUACCUGCCUCUCUGGACCUCUCCCCACUCUUGGGCUUUUGGCAGCUGCCCCCUCCUGCUACCCAAAAUGCUUUUGGGAAUAGCACUCUCACCCUGGGGCCUGGGGAACCUCUGCCCCACAGGUUAAGCUGUCUGGGGCAGCAGCAGCAAGAACCACCGCUAGCCAUGAGCGCCAUGGGCCUGGGCCAGCUCCCCCUGCCCCCCAUCCCCCAUGUUUUCUCAGCUGGCACAAGCUCUGCAAUCCUGCCUCAUUUCCAUCAUGCAUUCAGAUAACUGGUUUUUAAAGCAUAUUUUUCUUAUUCCAGAGAUGUUUUGAGCAUUUUAAGUAUCAGUUAUAAUACACGGAAAUAUGUAGAAAACAGGACUGGGACUAUGGCUUAUUCAGUGAUGACUGGCUGAAGAUAGAGAAUUCUCGAACUGCAUGUACCGUGCCAAUCUGUCCUGAGUGUUCACGCUUUGUACCAAAUGUAAUGAACGUGUGUUCUUUAAUCAAACUGCAACUAUUGUCAUAACCAACAUCCAAAAUGACGGCUGCUAUAUAUAUGUUUGUCAUAUUGCGUUUAAUCAUAAGCCAUGAUCAUAAUAAUGUUAACUAAAUAACUUUAUGUGACACUGCCUAGUAAGGGAACUAUGGAAAGGUUUGGAUUUCUCCAAAUUAGGAGAAUUUUUAAAAUAAGAGAAUAACCUUUAUAUGGCAUAUUUUAACUAGGCUGUGUAUUUCUUUUCAGGGAUUUUUCUACCUUCAGGGUUGGAUAUAGUUUAGUUACUAUUACAACAUAGCCAACCUAUAGUUUUACAGAGACAAACAAUUUCUUGUGGAGCAUUUUAAAAAGGCAUUUUAAAUGUAGUUUGAAUAUUUUCCACAAGAUGCUGCAAUGUGAGUUAUCACUUCAUUUAUCUUAAAGACUAAACUGGUUGUCAGUUAUAUCUGACAGAAAAAAAAAAAAAAAAAGUCACUGUGUAACCAGGUUAAGUGGUAAAAAUAAUCCAGGCGUCAGUCAAAGGCAUUUUGCUGACUUUAAUAUUGAUUAUAUUUUUAACAGGAAUUUAAAAAAAUAUUACUGGAAUUUAAAUAUAUAUAUAUAUAACAAAAAUUUUCUUUGCUCUGUUUAGCUUAAACUACUAUUCAAGCUGCUUAAGUUCCUAAGUAUUAUUUUUAAUCACCAACAAAUAAAUGCAUUUGUAAUUCAUCAAUUUAAGUCAUUAUUAGCUUUUAUUCAAAAGAGAUUACAUUUUGCAAUGUAACUAUAAUCGAUCUGUUCAGUUUGGUAUCGAGUUUUAAAAAUGUUAAGCCUAAUAACCUUUUUUAAAACUCUUUUGUCUUUUGUUGUUAGAGGCUUUCUUUUAAAC